UUCCUUAUCUACAACGAGGAUCACAACAAAUGUGUGAAUGCUGUGAGUGCUUCUGUAGUACAGACAGCACCAUGCGAUGUAUCUUCUGAGGCUCAGCGUUUUCGAUGGAUUUCUUCUUCACGAAUUAUCAGCCUCUCUUUUAAACUCUGCUUGGGGGCCCAGAACAUCAAAGAUUGGGUCAAAAUUCUCCUUCUGCCCUGCAAAGAACUCAGUCCUCUACAAACUUGGGAAUGUAAGAAUGAGACCUUGUUUGGCAUAAAGGGACAACCACUGCACCUUAAUUAUGGAAAUCGAAAUGAGCCAAAUAUGAUGCUGUAUAAGGGAACAGGUCUUUGGAGUCACUGGCAGAUUUAUGGGACCAAAGAAGAUGUGUGUUCUCAUGGAUAUCAAGCGUUAUAUACAAUAGGUGGAAAUGCAUUUGGGAAACCAUGCCAGUUCCCUUUUAAAUUUGAUGACAAGUGGUAUGCCAAAUGCAUUGUGGAGGGCAGAGCGGAUGGUCAGCUAUGGUGUUCCACAGAGACAGACUACGACACAGAGAGAAAGUGGGGCUUCUGCCCAACUAAAAUCGGCUCAGGUUGGGACAGUGAUCCAGUGGCUGGUGUAUUAUAUCAAAGGAACAUGCAGUCAGCACUGACUUGGCAUCAGGCACGAACAAGCUGCCAGCAACAAGAUGCUGAUCUUCUCAGCAUUUCAGAGCUGCAUGAGCAGACUUAUAUGUCAGGCUUGACAAAUGUCUUUGGCUCCACACUAUGGAUUGGGCUUAACAGUCUUGACUUUGAAAGUGGCUGGCAGUGGAGUAAUGGAAACCCAUUCAGAUAUCUAAACUGGGCUCCUGGUCACCCUUCCCUGGAACCAGGCCUGAACUGUGCAGUAUUAAAUGCUGGUAAAGCAUCAAAGUGGGAGAGUAUAUCCUGCAGUAAGAAAUUAGGUUACAUCUGUCGCAAAGGCAAUUCUACAGAUAACACAUCUCCACCAGGUAAAGAUCAGCCUAACUUCUGUCCUGGUGCAUGGGUUCCAUAUGCUGGUCAUUGCUAUUAUCUGCAGCGGACCAAGAUGAUGUGGAGUGAUGCGUUAGCAGCAUGUCACAGGGAAGGAGCAGACUUGGCCAGUAUACACAACAUAGAGGAGCACAGUUUCAUUAUAUCACAGAGUGGGUACUUGCCUACUGAUGAACUCUGGAUUGGACUUAAUGAUCAGAGGAUUCAGAACCUGUUUGAGUGGUCAGACAGAACACAUGUCACCUUCACCAAGUGGCUUGCUGGAGAACCUUCACACAUCAUAAAUCGCAUGGAGGAUUGUGUUCUCAUCAAAGGAAAGGAAGGUAGAUGGGCAGACCAUAUGUGUGAGAUGGAGCGUGGCUAUAUCUGCAAAAGGAAAUCAUCUAGCAAGCCUAAUGGCACCCCAGAGAUUGUCAGUCCUGGAUGCCUAGCUGGUUGGGUUAGGUACGGCUCUUACUGUUAUAUUAUUGCCAUGGAAAGCAAGUCUUUUAAUGAGGCCAAACUGAAAUGUGAGCAGACAGGAGCUCGUUUGGUUGAUGUUGCCAACAGGUAUGAGAAUGCUUUUCUCAUUAGCUUGGUCGGUCUUAGGCCUGAGAAGUAUUUCUGGAUUGGCCUAACUAAUACUGAACGACUUGAGCGCUUCCAGUGGAGUAAUGGUGAUAAAGUCAAAUUUACACACUUUAAUGUUGGCAUGCCAGAAAGGCACAGCGGUUGUGUUGCCAUGUUAACAGGAACUUCAGCAGGAUUAUGGGAUGUACUGGACUGUAACAGUAAACAGAAAUACAUCUGUAAAAAAAUGGCAGAGGGUGUUACUACCACGCAAGUGCCCCCAACAACACAGCCUCUCAGCUGUCCAGCUGAGUGGACUAAAAAAGAUCCAGGCAAUUGUAUUCAGGUGAAUGUGCACAAAUACAUUCCUUCCUGA